GCACCAGUAUGGUUAUUUUUUGAACCACCCUUUGAAGAAGAUGGCAAGCAAAAGGCCAAAUGUAGUCUGUGUGCUCAUGACAAAUAUCUUAUUAUAACUUGUGGUAGCACCACUAAAGCAUUGGUUAAGUGGAUUGCAUCAAAAAGUCUUUCCUUUGUAAUCGUUGAAUCAGAAAACUUCCAGGAAUUAGUUAAAUUAAUUAAAGUUUUGGAUGAUGUUGAAGUUUCCUUUGUAAGCACAGUUAAAAGAGAUUUGUUAAACUGA